GGAGAAUGUUAGAGUUUUCUUGAUCAUUCGAAUUUGAGCAAGAAAGAAAAAUAGAGUAUAAAGGUGUUUUUAUUGUGGGAACUGGGAACGGAAAGUUCAAUUUUUUUAGUCGACCCCAAAAUCUCCGGCAAAUCGCCGGGAAGCACAAAUGGCGGAGUUAAUAUGCAGAAGCCUCCGGGACGGAGCAUUAGAAGGCGAGCACGCCCCUGCUCUCACCUUAAAGGACUCCAUUGAAUCACCUCUCGGACCGGUUGUUUUCGAUCACAUUCUCUCCCAGCUUUUUUCCAGCAUUUCGGCCGGUAAAUCGCAGUCUCGAGGAAUUUUGUUGGUAGCUUUAACUCGGCCUCCGUCAUUCUAUGCUGAAUUGCUCAAAUGUAGAGGAAGUGACGCCGAUUCUUCAAAUAAAUGGCUUAGUGUUUUGGAUUGUUACACGGAUCCUCUAGGGUGGAAAACCCGGCUCAUGGAGAGUGGGACUGUUAAGAAUACCUCUUUAGAGACUUUGGUUACGGCUACCAAAUUCACCCAAAUGAAGGACUCAAAUAAGUUAUUGACUGCAAUUAUUGAACAAGGAAAAGAAAUUGUUGGGGAAGGAAAAGGACGAUUUUCAGUUGCCAUAGAUUCGGUAAGUGAGAUACUUAGGCACUCAUCCAUUCAUUCGGUAGCCAGAAUUUUGAGCUGCCUGCGUAGUCAUGACCAGGUUUCGAGCAUGUUUUAUUUGUUGAAUUCAGACCUUCAUGAGACCAAAUCUGCUUCUACUCUUGAAUAUUUGUCAACAAUAUGUGCUGAUAUAGUACCAGUGCCUCAGACAGUAAGUGGACAGCGUGUUACCACAAAUAACCUCUCAAUGGUGGAACAGAACUUUAAAAAAGGGCAGUUUCAUGUACGCUCUAAACGCAGGAAUGGCCGUGUUAAAGUCACGUGCGAAGAAAUCCUUGUUGAGGAUUCAGGCAUUAAAUUUGCACCUGCUACUUUGGAAGAUGGCCUAACUGCACAUAGCCUUGUUCCCAAGGUACAAUUUAAUCUGCAGCUGUCCGAAAAGGAGCGACUUGAUCGUGAAAAAGUUGUUCUCCCAUUUGAGCACCAAGGGAAUGGAAAACCCAUUGAAAUAUAUGAUGGAAGGAAAUCCCUGAAUGAGGACACAAAUAAAAAUGGGAAUGCUUCAACUAAGAUUAUGCAAACAAUGGAGGAUUCUGGUAGGGGUGAAAUAAUCUAUUUUCGAGAUUCAGAUGAUGAGAUGGCAGAUUCUGAUGAAGACCCUGACGAUGAUUUGGACAUUUGAUUUCCCUCUUUCUUUCUUUGGCCUGUGAUUUAGUAAAGUCAAACAAGGGAGCACUGCACCCUUGCAGUGUUGUUUCUGACCAGGUACCAAUAUUGUACCAAUGUCUGGUUGAACAAAUCAAUGUCAUUGUUAUUUUUUUUUAAGAAAAAAAGGAUUAAUCUCAUUCCCGAGUGUCCUCCAGAACUGGUUGGGCGAUCACCUGAGAAGAGGUAAAUUAAGUUUUAUUCACAUAUUAGUUGCAAAGACUGGAACUUGCACCUAAUAACCUCUGAGGUUUUAUGCUUAAUAUAAUAGUGUCUCAUUG